AUGGCUAGACGCUUCCACAUAGCCUUCUACAUUGCCAUAGUUGUUCUUCUGAUGCUCUUGUCGUUUGUCACCAAAAGGUCGGUCGCUGCCUCGGCCAGACCAGCUUCAGCUGCUCCAAGAUUCGCAUCCAGGAGAUCGUUUUCGUUUGGAUCCUCUUCAUGGUCUUCAGCUAAGACUCCUGCCUCAGCUUCUGCUGCUUCUGCUUCCUCCAACUACGACAAUGCACUUUCCUCAGUGCUACAUUACGAUAUCGCGGUAGCCUACCAGCCUAAGGAUAGAGAGGAGUCCAACUUGUUCAAGAAGAAACACAACAAGCCCAGUCCUGCGCUCGAAUCGCCGCUGGGAGAAGACAAUCUUUUUGUGUCUCUGCAAUCUGCUCAGGGUUACGUAGCCAUAGGUGUAGCUGAUGGUGUUGGCGGUUGGUCUGAAGCAGGCUAUGAUUCGCUGGCUAUCUCCAGAGAGCUCUGUGCAUCGAUGAGAAACAAAUUCGAGAAUGCAGAAAACGUGCAAACAUUGACUCCCAAAGAACUCUUGUCUAAGGCAUUUGACGAGAUCUCUACUUCGCCAAAAGUUGAAAUCGGAGGUACAACUGCAUGUUUGGGAAUUUUGACUCCAGAUAAGAAGCUCCUUGUGGCUAACUUGGGAGAUUCAUGGUGUGGCUUGUUUAGAGACUACCAGCUUGUGCGUGAGUCUCAUUUCCAGACCCACAACUUCAACACGCCCUACCAGUUGGCUAAGAUACCCGCACAGAUCAUGCGCCAAGCCCAGCUUGAGGGUCGCCGUUACAUUGUAGAUUCUCCCAGCUUAGCCGAUGAGUACGAAUGGGACUUGAAGAAAGACGAUAUCAUCAUGUUUGCCACAGACGGGGUCACUGACAAUGUGAUUCCCAAGGAUAUCGAAAUCUUCUUAAAGGACCAACUUUCCGAUGGAAACAACAAAUUAGACGUCGUAGCCAAAACCUUCGUCAAGGAAGUUGCCAAAGUGUCGAAAGAUACAAAUUUUCCCAGUGCGUUUGCCCAGGAGUUAUCGAGGCUCACAGGUCAAAAGUACUUGGGAGGUAAAGAAGACGACAUCACAGUGGUGAUUGUCAGAGUGACCUAGAAGUGAUCAUUUCAUGUACUAUAUAUUUUUGUAUAAUAGUCUGCUCGCUAGAGUGUAGCAUAGAAGAAAGAGAAUUAC